CAGGUGAACAUAAUGGCUGCGCUGCGGCACCCGAACGUGGUGCUGUUCAUGGGGGUGUGCCUGGAGCCGCCGUGCGUGGUGUCCGAGUGGUGCGCGCGUGGAUCCCUCUUCGAUGUCCUCAUCAAGGCGCGCUCCACCCCUGCACUCGCGCCGCAGCUCGACUGGGCCCGCCGCCUCAACAUGGCCCUCGACGCAGCCAAGGGCAUGCUGCAGCUUCACACGCGCCAGAUCAUCCACCGCGACCUGAAGUCCCCCAACCUGCUGGUGGACAAGCACUGGCGGGUCAAGGUGUGCGACUUCAACUUAUCGCGCGUUGAGUCCAGCGCACAGGACAAGACAACCUCAAUCUCUGCCAACAACCCCCGCUGGCUCGCCCCCGAGGUCAUCUCCAGCCGGGCGUUCUCCAAGGCGGCGGAUGUCUUCUCCUUUGGGGUGGUCCUUUGGGAGCUCGCCACCUGGCAGCUGCCCUGGGAGGAGCUCAGCGUCUUCCAGGCAUGCCCUUACUGUCAUUUGCUUCACAUUGCCAAACUCCUGUCCUUGUCCACAUUUUGCCUCAACUGCAUCAACCCAAUUCCAUGA